AUGCAUUCUAAAUUUCAGAAAGAAGAAAAACAACUGGAACAAACUGUGGAAUCUCUUAUCCAGAGGGUCCAAGAUAUAAAGAAUUCCAUUGCAAAUUUUCUAUUGAAACUGGAAAAUGAAUACAACACUUUACAUUGGCCCACAAUGCUUGAUAACUUUGCUCUUCUGUCGGGGCAGCUGAAUACUCUUGGGAAACUUCUCAGAAAUGAAAAAGUUCCACCUUUGAGAAAUUCUGUGCUUCUCCCAAUAGCUUUAUCUGGUGACAGAGACCAAGAGCUAGAGAAAGUAACAGAGAGAAGAGUAAUUGCUUUCAAUGCCGAUGUUGUGCCCCAUUAUCUGAGAACCAAACCAGAGCCUGACGUAGAGGAACGGUUACAACCGGUGUUAAGCCGGGCCUCCACCAUGUCACCUGAAAUGGCUCAGAAACAGAUCAAUAAUAUGAAUAAGAUGACUAGUAACAUUGUGGACAUCAUCAAGUCUCACCAGGAAACCAUGGAAAAAGAAGCCAAUCAAAAAUCUUCACUCUCACAAACCUCAUCACAGGCAGAUACAAAUACUCUUCUGUCAGCUGUUCUAACGGGGAAGGGGUUCAAGUCGGCCAGUAUGCGACGAGCAGAGAUGUCACAGCAACAGAGCAUGCAACCUCAGCAACAGGCAGCACAGCAGAAACCACAAGGGAACAACUUAGGAAAAGUUCACAGUUCAAUAAAGACUAACAUUAAACAGGGCUCAAGUUCUCAUCCUUACCAGAGAAACUAAGAACUGUGAAUCUGAUGAGUGGUGACACUAUUGUAAUUUCUGCUGGUGUUGCUUGCUUGUUAAAUCGAUGAACACUAAGAAAGCAAACAAAGGAAAAUUCUAAGUGAAAGUAGGACACAUGGAAAUGGAAGAUAUUGAUGUAUGGUUGAUCAAAAAGUUAAACAAAAGGAUGGAAAAAAGGAAAACAUAACCUAAAUGUAUUUCUAGUGGAUACUAAAAUAAAAGCCUGAGAAAAUACGAGUAA